UGCUGCCGUCAUUGAAACAAAAUCGCGUACUGAGAUAUAGUACAGUGUACACACACGGCUGCAAAUGUUUAUCAUGCACGGGCAGCAGUUGUUGAUUGCGACGGAUUCUUGAGUGAUUCGUCAUCGUUUUGUCGCCGUACGUCCGACGGAAUCGCGUUAAAAAAAAAUAGGAAGUACACAAAAAACCAAUCCUAAACUCGACCUUCGUGUAUCGAUACUAAUUAAUCACAAAAAUACAACAAUAUAGUGCGCCAACAGAUUAUCAGGCCGCCAGACCGGAUUUUUGGAUACACUACCAUAAAAUGGCGACACUUUCCUUGAGGAUAUCAAUAGUUGAACGAAAUGUUACUAAGACUAUGCAAUUUGACCCAACAACUUCGGUAUAUGACACGUGUCGACUAAUAAGAGAAAAAAUUUCAGAAGCAAACUUAGAUCAACCUAAAGAUUAUGGGUUAUUUCUUGCUGACGAAGAUGUUAAAAAAGGAGUAUGGCUAGAACCUGGACGCAACUUAGAAUAUUAUAUACUAAGAAAUGGGGAUUUGCUGGAAUACCGUAAAAAAAUGAGGACAUUAAAAGUACAUAUGCUUGAUGGCACAAUAAAAACACUACUUGUUGACGACAGUCAACCUGUGGCUAACCUGAUGGUGGUUAUAUGUACAAAAAUUGGAAUUACAAAUCACGAUGAAUACAGUCUUGUUAGGGAGAAUCCAGAAGAAGAAAUAGAAAAUAAAGCAAAUUUUGGUACAUUAACUCUUAAAAGAAGGAAAGAAGAUCGGGAACGCGAAAAAGAUGCUAAAAUGGAACAGUUGCGUAAAAAGUUAAAGACUGAUGAUGAAGUAAACUGGGUUGAUCCAUCUAAAACAUUGAGAGAGCAAGGUAUUGACGAGAGUGAGCCUGUAUUAUUAAGGAGAAAAUUCUUUUUCUCUGACGGUAACAUUGAUUCUCAUGAUCCAGUUCAAUUAAAUUUAUUAUAUGUCCAGGCACGAGAUGCGAUAUUAGAUGGAACACAUCCAGUAACCGAGGACCUUGCUUUGCAAUUAGCAGGAAUUCAAACACACAUUCAGUUUGGAAACUACUGUGAAACUAAACAUCGACCUCCAUUUUUAGAUCUAAAAGAAUUCCUCCCACAGUCCUAUAUAAAAGUAAAAGGGAUAGAGAAAAAAAUCUUUGUGGAACAUAAAAAACAUGUAGGUUUGUCUGAGCUGGACGCCAAAGUGUUUUAUACGAAAACAGCACGAUCAUUGCCUACAUAUGGUGUAACGUUUUUCUUAGUAAAAGAGAAAAUGAAAGGAAAAAAUAAACUAGUUCCUCGCCUGUUGGGUGUAACCAAAGAAUCAGUUUUACGUUUAGAUGAAAGAACCAAAGAAAUUCUUAAAACUUGGCCUUUGACAACUGUACGUCGUUGGGGAGCUUCACCCAAUACGUUUACAUUAGACUUUGGAGACUAUUCUGAUCAAUAUUAUUCAGUACAAACUACAGAAGCUGAACAAAUUCUUCAGCUAAUAUCUGGUUAUAUUGAUAUAAUUUUGAAAAAAAAAAAGUCAAAAGACCAUUUUGGUAUUGAAGGAGAUGAAGGUUCAACAAUGGUCGAAGACAGCAUUUCUCCACUGAAAGCAACAAUUUUGCAACAUGAAAGUAGUCAGUUUGGAAAAGUAAACACUGAAUCGGUGGCCAAACCUGCUGUUAUAAGAGCUGGAGCUGAAGGAGCAAAACCAUAUGGAAUGGGGCAUGUAGGCAGUACUCAAUACACGACUGUCAGUGGUCAAAUAAACAUUUCACAUACACCAUAUGUAGCACCACAAAAUAAGCAAAUCAAAGUAUUGAAUGCACCUCAAAAAGCUCUAUGCCAGACUAUAUCUGAUAGUCAAGAAAUCAUAACAACUAUUGAAAAAGAAUUAUUCAACAAAGUAGUCAUUCCCGAGUUUGGUAACGAUCCUGCUUCAACUAAACUGAAAGAAACGACUAUUGACUCAAACAAGCAAAACAUCAGUGCCCAAAUUGCAGCCAUGAACGCUGCAACAGCCCAAGUAGUGACGUUGACUUCUGGGGAAGUUGAUUAUUCGAGUGUUGAAAGAGCUAUUACAUCGAUCACUACUAAUUUACCAGAAAUGAGUCAAGGUGUAAGAGUAUUAGCUGCACUCACACCAACCGGUGACCAUUUAUUAGAUGCCGCUCGUAAACUAUGUUCUGCGUUUUCUGAACUUCUGAAAGCUGUUCAACCAGAUUCAAAUACUUCACGUCAAAAUCUCCUGAAUGCGGCUAGUAGAGUGGGCGAAGCAUCGCAACAAGUACUAACCCAAAUCGGAGAUGACACUGCUGACGAAUCUCGAGAUAUAUUGUUGAGUUUAGCUAAAGCAGUUGCUAAUACAACAGCUGCACUUGUGGUCAAAGCCAAAAAUGUAGCAGCCACAGUUGAACCACAACAUCAGUCUCACGUUAUUAGUGCUGCCACUACAUGUGCUCUUACUACAUCACAGCUGGUGGCGUGUACAAAAGUGGUCGCCGGUACUGUGGAGAAUCCGAGUUGUAAAGAGCAAUUGAUGGCAGCCGCAAGAGAAGUGGCAAUAGCUGUCGAAGACCUAGUAGCAGUAUGUAACUUAUCACAAAAUGACCAAAACAGACACUUGCUACAAGACUUGUCGGAAGCUGCUUAUCAAGUGACAACAACGUUAAAUCAAUUGCUGAAUAGACUUCAGGAUGCUUCUAGGGCUGUUGGUGAAAGUCUAAGUAAUUUGGUUGACAUUGCAACUUCACCGGUGAAUAAGGCAAAAAGAUAUAACACUGAGAAAACCUUCCAAAUCCACGAAUAUUCCAACAAUUCAAAUGACACUGGUUUUAUUGAUCAAAAUAAUUCUUCAUACAAUUCAAUUGGAGAAGACAAAGUAGAUGUAUCAACUCUAAACAAGCGGUAUGAAUAUAAUCAUGAUACUCACAUCAAUGAUCAAAAUUAUGGAUAUUAUAAAUCUUCUCAUGAUUAUCAAUUGCAAAAUUCCCUGACUGAAAAUGAAAAACAACUAAUUAUUCAAAAGUUGUCGACAAGUGGUGCUCGUGGUACUCAAGCAUGUAUUAACGCUGCUAGUACAGUGUCUGGAAUCAUUGGUGAUUUAGACACUACAAUUCUUUUCGCAACUGCUGGAACACUUCAUGCUGAAAACGAAAACGAAACGUUUUCUGAUCACCGUGAAAAUAUUCUUAAAACUGCUAAGGCUUUAGUGGAAGACACUAAAACUUUAGUUACUGGCGCAGCUUCUUCUCAGGAACAAUUAGCAGUAGCUGCUCAAAACGCAGUGUCAACCAUAAUACAAUUAGCUGAAGUAGUGAAAUUCGGCGCAGCAUCUUUAGGUGCUAACAAUCCAGAAGCUCAGGUUAUGUUAAUCAAUGCAGUAAAAGAUGUUGCAACCGCACUAGGAGAUUUAAUACAAGCUACUAAAGCAGCUUCCGGAAAGAACAUAAAUGAUCCUUCAAUGAAUGAACUGAAAGAUAGCGCAAAAGUUAUGGUUACAAAUGUUACUUCUCUAUUAAAGACUGUAAAAGCAGUUGAAGACGAACACACGCGUGGAACGAGAGCUUUGGAAUCCACUAUUGAAGUAAUUGGUCAAGAAAUUAGAGCUUUAAAUUCACAUGAAGUUUAUAAAACAACAACAACAGUAGAAGACUUAGUACGAAGUACUAAACCUAUUACAAUGGCCACUGCCAAAGCAGUUUCAGCUGGUAACAGUGGAAAACAAGAAGACGUUAUUGUUGCUGCUAAUAUGGGACGUAAAGCCAUUUCUGAUAUGUUGACUGUUUGCAAGGGUUGCAGUAACUCUAUUGAAAAUUCUGAACUAAAAUCUAGAACACUGCAAGCUGGACAAAAUAUUGCCCUAGAAUAUAGGAAAUUGUUACAAACAGUACUACAAAUCGUAUCAAAACCCAACUCUAGUACUGAAAACAAACAAUUGCUACAAACAAUUUCUCGUAUGAUCGCACAGUAUGUUACAGAGUUAAUUUCUGUUACUGAAAUAAUUAAAGGUAACGACUGGGUGAGUCCUGAAGAUCCAACAAUAAUUGCCGAGAAUGAGUUGCUUGGUGCUGCUGAAUCAAUUGAUGCUGCUGCUAAGAAGCUUGCCAGCUUACGGCCUAGAAGAUCAGUCAAUGAAGAAAUGGCCGAUGCUACUUCAAACUUUGAUGAAGUUAUACUAGAAGCAGCUAAAUCUAUUGCGGCUGCCACAUCUGCUCUUGUGAAAGCAGCAUCAGCUGCACAACGUGAACUUAUCGAUUCUGGAAAAGUUAGCCGAAGACCACUAACAAGUUCAGAUGACGGCCAAUGGUCUGAAGGCUUAAUAUCUGCUGCUCGUUUAGUUGCUGCGGCCACUCACAGUUUGGUAGAAUCUGCUAACUCUCUUGUCCAAGGAAUAUCUAGUGAAGAAAAGUUGAUAUCUUCGGCCAAGCAAGUUGCUUCCUCUACCGCACAGUUGCUAGUAUCUUGUAAAGUAAAGGCCGAUCCUGAUAGUAGUUCAACUAAGAGAUUAUUGGCUGCUGGCAAUGCUGUAAAGCGUGCCACUGAUAACCUGGUGAAAGCCGCACAACAGGCAAUCCAAAACGAUGAAGAAAGGAGUUUAGUUCUUAGCAAAAAAAUGGUGGGCGGUAUUGCUCAAGAAAUCAACGCUAGAUCUGAAGUUUUGAGGAUCGAACGUGAACUAGAGGAAGCCAGGCAACGACUGGUUGUUAUAAGGCAAGCAAAGUAUAAGGCAAAGGGAGAUGGAACAAGUCCAACUGAAAUGGAACAUGAAUCAUCAUUCGAUCAGUUUAAUAGAAUCGACCACAAUUUGGAUAUGUGCGAAGAUUUUCAGUCAAAUGCAUAUGAUGUUUACAAGUUGAACAACUCGAGCGAGGAUACUAGUAUUAGCUCUUUUAACGAAACAUUUCAUUCUGGCACAAAUAAAUUAUAUUCGUACUCAGGCUCGAACCACAACAAUGUAUGUAACAUGAGUACUACGUUUGAGAAUACCAUCAAAUACAACUGUUCGACUACGAUCAAUACAACUACUAAGUCCUAUACCGUGAACGAGUGAAUAGUCGUAAUGCAGUUAUUCCAGUUUCUUAUUACACUUGCAGACUAAUAGUGUUUCAGUAUUCAGUAAAGAAGUAGAGAACAAAUUAAAAACUCGAUUAAAAAAUAGAUAAAAGUAAAUAAUUUUAAAACCAACAUUUUAUAACAAUUGGGACAAUCGUAUUGAAAAUGUAUUAUCUUCUUUACUUUGUUUUUAUUUGUAUUCAAAAUUGAUUAUAUGUACUGUUAAAAUUAUUCUUUUAUUUAACUUGAUUACUUUUUUUAUUAUUGCUUAACAUGUUAGUUCCUAACAAUUUCAUUAUACAUAAAAAUUAACGAAAUUAAUAUUUUCGCAUUAGCUGUUUGUUUUGCUUUGUGCUGCACAUUGUGAGUGUGUGUGUGUUAUUACUAUACUCCAUCAAUAUUUAUAUACAGUACAGACAAAAUGGUUUAUUAUUAUUAUUAAUAGUAUUAUUGUGUUUUUCACUCCCCUCUAAAUUCUAGUCAAAGUAAUAUAAUUAAUUAUCUAGAUUUAUUAUUGUCGAUUUAACGUCCAAAACUAUGUACUUUCUAAAUAAUAAAAAACUACAUGU